AGGCGGCGUUUACGUCAAACCCGACAAGGGUUCCUACGCAGCGACGGGGGUAUCUACUGCUGCUGCUUCGAACAUCUAUCAGCAACAUCAUGGACAUGGAAUAGCACAUCAUGGACAUGGAGUUGCUGUGGGAACUACGCAACAGCUAAAUGCACAUCACAGUACUACAGCAAUGCAAGUAGAUCUUCCACCACAAGGUGCUUGUGGAAGAAUAGGAGAAGAGUUCUACCAACAAGUAGGUUCCUCUUUGCCAACACCUUCGACGACAGAACCGCUUAUACUGGGAGACAGAUUCUUAGUACUACAAGCUCCGGCACACCAGCAAAUGCAAAAUAAGCUCAUGCGAACGGGCAGUGAAGAUUUGUCAACCUGUGUACCAGACUCAAGGCGUGUUUCUACAAGAACCGACCUGACAGAUUUAGACAUGUCGGAAUUGGUGAUGAACAAUACAAGGCCACAUCAAGCACCACAGGAGACAGUCCUCCAUCUACAACAGCAACCACAUCAAGACCUUCCAGCACCUUCAGCACCCUCUUCAGCACCGCCUGUCGUAGUAGAACAACGUGCGCGGAAGCCAUUUUCCUAUAUGCGAGCUGUGGCUAACGCGGGUCACUCAAGGCAACCAAGCCCAGCAAAUAGUGGUGGCUCUCUCUCGGUCUCCACCACUGGAACUGGACCUUCAGCAGGUUCUUCCGCAAGUAGCUCGUCUUGCCAAGUUGGCGGUAGCAGCUCUUCUAGUUCAAGUUCUAGUAGUGGUCACCUAGUAGCUAAGCCAAGAAGUUCCUCAAAGAAAUCCAAUUCUUCCAAGGCAGUAACAACUGCUUCUAGCGGUAAGAGUGCUGCUAGUAGUAAGAGUGCAUCGAGUAGUGGAGCAGGUGGAACUUCUACUACGAAGAAGACGACGAAGAAACAAGCAGCCUCAACUUCUGCGAAAACAUCAUCGUCAAGAGCGUCGUCCAAUAGUGCUGGCACAGCAGUCAGUAGUAGAACCCGUGCUGGUAGUACACAAGGCCAAGCACUAGGACAGGCACAAGCAGGAGGAGGGGGGCACUUAGGUGGAGCCCUACUACAACCCCUGUUACCAGGAGGACCUCUGGGAGGACCAGGAGGACCUUCAGGCGGUGGCCCAGGAGGUGCUGCAACAUGGUUCCGAACCUUUUCACCUUCUACAGUCGCGACCUUGCCGAAAGAUGCUAUGCUAAGGGAAAUGGUGGGACAGGGUCUUGUUUUGCCAACGGAAGCGCCGUUUCUGAGCUCUCAUUGGUCAAAAAAUCCACAGAGGGUGGACCCGGCUGCAUUAGAAAAGGCCCUUGUGGAAGAAUGGGGUACUACUCUACUCUAAAUGAAUCUCUAGUACAUAGGUAAAGGUUGAUCAUAUCACUUCGAUAGAUUUUGAUUCUCGUUUUGUCAAGAACGCUGAAGCACAACUACAGCACAAGUGGUGUCAUGAAAAAUACAGUCUGUCAUGAAAAAUACAGUCAGCACAACGUCUCAUCUCUCAUCAUUGAUUCUCUAUCUCAUUUCACUCAAUAUAGAACUGGACAACUUUUCAAGCGAGAAGGCGAAAGAUCCUAUGAAACGGAGUGCGGUUCUAAACCGCUACAAAUGGGAGAAAGCACAAGCAACAGUGGACAUUGCAUACGAAAGAAAGAAGGAGAAUAUACCGAAAGGGUAAUAGAAGAUUACACUCACCGCUUUAUUUAUGACUUUUUUGCUGUUGCUGCUGGUAUACGACUACGAUGAGAUGAAAAAUAGUUUAUAGCUCACUAUGGGUAUGGUGCACAACAUGAUAAAUAUUUUCUUUCGCUAUCAUCUUAUCUUCGCAACCAAACAGAACUCGGAAUCUGAACCCGGAAUUCUUCGAAAUCAUGGUUGUGAGCUAUAUCCAGAUCGACGAAGAGACAAGAGGAUUUGGCCUCGCGAGGCACAUCUUAACAAGGGCCCUCGAGGCCGCGGCAAGAGAUAGCGAUCAGGUACUAUUACUUAGAAGUUGAUGUUUUUGGAUCUCUGAUUGUCGUGCCUAAAUGAAUGUGUUGCAUAGAAGUAGUACUUUCUGUUGAUUCACCCUAUUCUGAACCAACGACCACUCUCAACAUGCCACUAGACCUCACCCUGCCACCACCACCACCACCACCACCACCACCACCACAAAACCAGUCACCUUGCUCAACCACUAAUACUAAUUCCUCAAGGUCAUUUCCGGCAUUCGUUUUCGGAUACGACCUUCUGCCUCGGGUGUGGAGGGGGGUGUUGCAGCUGAGCAUGCUAGAUUGGCAUAUUUGUAUUGCAGAGCCUCAAUGGAUUUGGAAUUUAUAUGGCGGAAGACGGUCUUCUCACGGACAGGUGGGAGAGCAGUAGAAAUACUGCUCACCAAAGACCGAGAUAUCAUGGAAAAAAUCAGCUGACGAUGAUUGACGACUAAUCCUCCUGUGGUUAUGCUUAAGCACGUUGUUGUUGGUCUAUGGUUUUAUCUUCAUGCAAUGCAUACUGUUCCUGUAUGA